GAUGUGAUAAGCUAUAUUAGAGAGACCUGCUGCUCUGUGACUCCACAACUGUUUGCUGCCUGUGAACAUGAACAUUAUCUGUGUUUUGUCCAUCUUCAUCCUGCUGCUUGCAGCUGCCAGUUCUCAGAAACCCAAACAAUGUGGAUUGUUACGUUAAACAGUAUUUCUAUUUUGGCCUUUGCAUAGAUUCUCCUCCCCUGAUGACUGGAGGUGUCACUGUGAUGGGCUUCAAUGGGCGCUUGCUGUCUACGGGAAAGAUGACCUAUGACGCUUUCGGUCAGAAGAUUCGAGUUAGAAACUUUGGCACGGUUGGAAAUGAAACCUUCGCUAUGGACCAACUAAUGUUGUUCGACAAGAAAGUCUAUUAUGAGAUUGACUGGAGCAAACUAUCUUGUACGAAGAGGCGUCUGAACGCAGAUUUCAUUCCAAUGCAAGUGCCCGAUGAUGCGGAAUUGAUGAGUCAGGUCGUUUUGGGAUCUUCCUCCUCCUGGGGAAUGGGUGUACUGGUCAACACCUGGUAUGGAAGCCUACCCGGCAAUGGCACCUAUACAAGCGUCUUCACUGAGAUUGGCUGCAUUCCCAUUACCAUCACUGGCUACACACCAGCAACGGGAUGGACCAUUGUCAGCACUUUCAAUUGGGUACUUGGCAUCACCGAUCCCAUGGAUCUGGUCCCGCCUUUCUUCUGUGCCAAGGCUCAGCUGGAAGAUCCUGAAACAGCGGACACUAUGUUCAGUGCCUUGGAGUCGCUGGCCAAAAAGACCAAGGACAUGAAGUAAACACAAUGAGUAAACAUCAAGGAUUGUAUUGAACAGCCUGCCCACAUUUCAAAGGGGAAAGAGCCAAUGCAAAUAAAGUUUAUAUUCAAUGUCAACAUCACAUGGCAUUUUCUCAAACUUUGCUUGAAAGUGUCUUUAUUUAUGCAGCAUGCCGCAUUACAUUUGGUGUUUUGUAAAUUUGAAGUUUUCUUAUGUGUGUGAUUUUUCUUUUUUUUUUGGGUCAGUUUGUGUUUUUUUGUUGCAUUUUAGAUUUUUUUGUGCCUUA